CUGAGCGACUAGUUCCCAGAGUCUCCUCGGGCAGGAUAUCAAUGGAUAUUAUAAAGGGGAACUUAGAUGGGAUUUCAAAACCAGCCUCCAAUUCAAGAACACGUCCUGAGAGCAGGUGUUCAAAUACUUCUUUGGAGGUGCUCUCACCAGAGCCAGUGUCCUUAAAGAUUGAUACUGCAAUCAAGUUGAACUCUGAUAAAGAGAGCCACUCAGAAAGCAGUAAUACAGAGGGAAGUAGAAACAAUAAGGAUGAUAAAGGAGAAUAUUACUCUGAGAAUAAUAUAAAACUGGCUAAAGAAGGGUCAGAUGAAGAUUUGAACUUGGUUCAACAUCAGAUAAUUUCUAAAUGUUCAGAUGAACCCAAAUUAAAAGAAUUCGAUUCUCAACUUCAAGAUGCGAUUCAGAAGAUGAACAGGCUUGAUAAAAUAUUGAUGAAGAAACAAUAUAGAGAAAAAGAAGUUAAGAAGCAAGGUCUAGAAAUGAGAAUAAAGCUAUGGGAAGACCUUAAGUCUGCAAAACAUAGGGAAGCUUUGCCAAGUAAUGAAGAAAUGCAAAAUACAAAAAAGUUUCUAGCUUUGACUGCUGCAUCAGAACAAACUGUUGAUCCUUCUCGCUGUAAGCAUGAAGACACAGUUUUCUCAGUGUUUCAUACUCAAGUACCUCCAGAAGAAUAUGAAAACCAAAUGCAGAAUGCCAAUCAAGAUUUUACCUGUGUUGUGGAAAGAAAUGAGUCAUUGAUCAAAGCAGAAAAGAACCCCUUCUCAAAUACAGAAAAGAUUGAGCUCAGGGGUAAACACAGCCAGGAUUUUAUUAAGCGAAACAUUGAGUUGGCCAAGAAUUCAGGGAAACCAGAGGUUAUGAUCGACAGAGAGAAGAAAAGGCUGGUUGAACUUCUGAAGGACUUAGAUGACCGAGAUUCGGGGCUGUCCAGUUCUGGGGGUGAUCUGUCUGUCUGUCUGGUCCCAGGCGAAGGAUAUACACUGGCAGUCACCCAACAUCAGCAGCUUGCUGAAAUAGAUACAAAGCUCCAAGAAUUCUCUGCAGCCUCCCCAACAACGUUCAGCUUUUCUCCAGGACUUGGAGAUCAGAAUGAUCAGGAACCUGACCUUAGUGAUGAUGAGAGAAAUAUGGAAAUAACUCCAGGGGAAAAGGUACUUCGAAACACCAAAGAGCAACGGGAUAUGCAAAAUCGGCUGAGAGAGAUAGAUGAAAAGUUGAGAAAGAUGAAGGAAAAUGUGUUAGAUUCAGCAUCACUUCUCUCUGAGGAACAGUUAAGGCGUCUUCUGGAUGAAUGCACAUUCAAACAAAAAUCCAUGACUGGACUUUCUUCAGAAAGAGAAAAGGAAGACAUUGAGGAUAUGACACCUGAGUCCCCCCAGCUUUCCAGAUCUGUCCUCUCUGAGUUACUAACUGACUCAGAAACAAAGGUCAGAAGCACCGAGGUGGGAGAUGCAGAUGUGCCCGAGAAUGCAGAAUGUGAAACAUCCAUAGGCUACUAUCUCAGCAAAGCCCUGACUGGGCAUUACGUGUCACAGGCUCUUGUCAUUGAAGCUGAGAACAUGAAAUGCCUCCAGUUUCCCCGGGACGAGGUUAUUCGUGACACAGAGGAUUAUUUUAUGUCGAAGACUCUUGGCAUUGGAAGACUGAGAAGGCCUUCUUUUUUGGAUGAUCCACUGUAUGGCAUCGAUGUGAGCCUUUUCCCCGAAGUCCAACAUCUGAAACCCAGCCCUUCAGAGAAACCAUGAACAGAUGAACAGGAGACUGAAGAUGCAACAGAAGAAUGUAAAGAAUCUUAAGAAAGACUUGCUGGGAUGUGCUAUAAGAAAGUUGGUAAAUGAAGUGAAAUUAGACCUUGUCCGAAUCUUUGAAUUCAACAGGCAUUCCU